AUGAAAACGUUCGUCGGCCUUUUAUUGUCCGGACACGCUUCGCACAUCACCAGACAAACGCCAGAAGAGCAGAAAGUCCUCACAGAGAUUCCGAAGCCGAAAAUCGCAGAAAAUCCAGAUGUCAUUUCAAAAUCAACAUCGCCAAAAAUAAUGCUCAAUCUGGAAUUUUUACGAUGGAGGAAAAACCAGCGGAAGAUGUUUGCGAAGAAGAAAAACUUUCAUCUGCAAAAACAAGAAAGAAUGCGGCCAGUGGGAGUGCGAAAACGGCGUCGGAAACGAAGCGAUUUGCAAGCUAAAAUGCAAAAACAGAAGAGAAGGGGGACGAGAAUGUGCAAGUGUUACCGCGAGCUUGGGUUCGUGAGCUUGUACGUUGGCUGUUCCUGGGACACGGAUCUCAACGACGAGUGCGAAGCGGCACUUCCGGUAGUAGGAAGGUGGAACUCGGGCUGGAGGCCGCCAAGAGUAGGUCCUCCGAAAACCACCACGAAAAAAACAACAACCACCACCACCACAACAACUUCUACCACAACUUCUACAACAACAUCGACAACAACGACAAGCACAACAACGACAGAGGCAACAACGACGGAGGAAGCAACGACGACGGAGAAACCCAAGUCGACGAUUGAAUACUUGAAGUACAUGCACAUGGAUAUCGACAUGAAUAUUCCAUCCCUUCCGAAUUACGAUGAUGAAGAAGAAGAGGAAGAAGAAGAAGAAGAAUUGGAGGAGGAAGAGUACGAAAUCAUAGAAGUCCCACUUCCCGAAAAACCAGAGCUUUUCUCAGCUGAUUCCCCGAGAUCCCAAUUUGCGAAUUCCGAUUUCAUCAACGUCUUCCCCCAAUUCGCCUCCUGCCCUCGCUUCCCCGACAAUGCCGAGUGGGAAUGCAACGCGACAAAGAACCGAGUCCGUUGCAACAUCACUUGCGGCGAAAACUCCAGGUCCAACAGAUGUUUCUGCCACAACAAGGGCGCCUGCCAAUGGUCGAAUCGCUUCCCCAAAACUUGUCGCUACUCGAACAAAGAAAAAUCGACGAAAGAAGAUCACGAAAAAUCAUCCCCGGCGCCGAUGUUGUUGGACAAUCCACUCGCCAAUCUCUCUAAAGAUCUUGAAGCAAUCAAUUCUCUCGACAAUGAAGCUCUGCGCAGCAUAAUGAACGAAGGAGAAGUGUACGUAAACGCUUUCGAGUUAAUGCAAAGUAUGCAGCGCUGGAUGUACAAUUUGGGUCUCUUCGCGGUGAACGAAGCUUUGGAGAAUUAA